GGCAUUUCUUUUGUUAUGCCUGUUGUGUUGUUUUGUUUCCUCCUCCGCGAGAGUAACAAAGGAGGGGCAUUACUAUCAUCGCAAAUCUCCAAACCAAUAUGGCCAAUAAUGCCGUGUUCCUCUUGUUCUUCCUCUUCGUGCUGCCGAAUUUCCUUCUUCAACACCCAACUUCCGCUUCAAAUCUCCACAAAAUGAAGCAACUCACUUCGGAUUCGGUUUCCCAAGCCACACUCGCCGACGACUCUAAGACUAAACAACCAAUCGAGUACUUCGAGGUGACAAAACCCAUUGAACUCCCCAAAACAAAACCCUGCUCAUACCUUGUUCUAAGCCAUGAUUUUGCUGACACAUAUGGCAGACCACCCGUUCUUGCGAAUUACACGCCUCCCUCUGAUUGCCCUUCGCAGAAGUUCUCGAAGAUCGUGCUUGAGUGGAAGGCCACAUGUAAAGGAAGGCAGUUCGACCGCAUUUUCGGCGUUUGGCUCGGCGGCGUUGAGCUUCUCCGGAGCUGUACGGCUGAGCCUACGCCCACCGGAAUUGUUUGGACUGUCAAGAAAGACAUCACAAGGUACCAUUCUUUGUUACUGCAAAGUGGUCAAACCCUUGCUGUUUAUAUGGGAAAUCUUGUUGACAAAACAUACACUGGGGUGUACCAUGUUGAUAUCUCUAUUCACUUUUACCCUGAUGAACAUGAAUCCAAAUCUGGAAAUUUAGCCCCUGGGAACGGUUGCCCUGCGGAUCUGAUCUUACCUGUUUCAAGGAAGCUUCCGUUGGAUGGCGGAUUGUGGUUUCAAAUCCAGAAUUCCACUGAUGUUGGUUUGAAGAAUUUCAAGAUCCCCCAGAAUGCUUACAGGGCUGUGCUUGAGGUUUAUGUGUCUUUUCAUGAGAAUGAUGAGUUUUGGUAUACUAAUCCUCCCAAUGAUUAUUCCGAUGCGAAUAAUCUUUCGUUAGUGAACGGAGCCUUUAGGGAGGUGCUGGUUACUCUUGAUGGUAAUCUUGUUGGAUCAGUUUGGCCAUUCACUGUGAUUUUCACCGGAGGUGUUAAUCCCCUCAUGUGGAGACCCAUUACUGGGAUUGGCUCCUUUGAUCUUCCAACUUAUGAUAUCGAAAUUACGCCCUUCUUGGGGACUAUUUUAGAUGGGAAAGUUCACUCAUUCGGAUUCAGUGUGACUAAUGCUGUGAAUGUUUGGUAUAUAGAUGCAAAUUUGCAUCUUUGGUUGGACAGUAAAAGCAGUAGAACAGAGGGGAAAGUGCUCAAUUACAUGGCUAAACCUUUGGUUGAACAUUUGGUAUCAGACUUCAGUGGAGCGAAUGGAACUUUUUUAACAAAGACAAGUAGGUCGAUUUCGGCUACUGGGUGGGUGAGAUCCUCCUAUGGUAACAUCACAACCACUUUGGUUCAAGACUUCAUCUACAACAAUUCCAUGGAAAUGGGGAACAAUGGUAACAAACAGACUGUGAAUCAAUCAAUCUCUUUCAACGACAGCGUUCAUUCUGAAUCUCCAUCACAGUCUCAUAAUUUGAUUGAUGAAACCUUCAGAACAUUUAUCCUUUACGUGAACGAAGACGACACGGAUCAGGGCAAUGAUACUUUUUUAUCUCUUACAAAUGUUACUCUUGGAUUCUACGAGAACAAGUCGAAGACUUCAGAUUUAGGUUUAUCAAAGAGCUCUCUCAAGAAUGUUCAAGAAGGCCAGGGUACUAUUCUUGUUAAAAAUAAUUUGGUCCUUGUGGGACAAGGAAAAAAUAAGCAGGAUUACAGCUACAUAAGCAAUGAAGAAGCUUGCUAUUCUAGAAAAGUUGGCAGCUCAAAUUUAUCUAUUGUAUAUGAUAAAGUCAGUGAUCCAUGCCACACAAGAGGACGAUCCCGUUUUGGUGUUGGUUUUAUCAACAAACCACCUGUUAUGCUCUAAGUUCCUUCUUUAUGCACUGUCACUGUUUUGUUUUA